AUGGACAGAGGGAAGCUGGCUGGAGCCAUCCAUAACCUCCGCAAAAAGUUUAAAAAAAACUCCAACGAAAACGAUGGGAGCUCCACCAAGAGCGAGGAUAAUAAGGCUAGCAAGGUAAGUAAGAUUGCGUAACAUAAUAAAUCAAUAAUUGUAAAGGGCGUUCAGAGAAAUAGGUAGGAAAGCUUCUGUCGGCGCUUAGUCAAGAUUCUUGCCGAAAAUUUUUUUUUCUCCGCCAACGCGGAGAGUAGUGUAUUCGGCGGAAACUUUUGUGCACUUUUCUCAUUAUCACACCAAUUUAAAACGCAAAUACGAUUUUUGAUGGUUGACAACAGCCGAGUUGUGUGUUUAUUUUUUUAAUACAGUAAAUAAUCCGAAAGAAAAUUUUUAAUAUUGGUUUUUUGGGGGUUUGAACCAUGGAGAAUUCAAAAACCAAGGUUAGCAGGACAAAAGGUCGAUGUCAUUGUUACUACUGCCUACAUGAUUAAAAAUACUAUUUUAUAUUAACUCUGCAAUCUUCCGCUCAACGCAACAAAAAUAAUAUUUCCAAUUGUGGUUCGCAUUAUUUUUAUCGUUGCAUCAUUAAUAGUUGUCGAUUUGACAAUUUGUAUUCAAAACGCCACGAAAAUUAUAUUAUUAGCUUCUAUUUGAAGGAAAUGACUAAAGGUUUAAAAGAUCCAGAAAUCUUGGGACAUCCUGUAUUUAUUUAAAAAGUUGAUGAUUACGUUCAGAGGGAACGAAAGAAGUCAGUGGCUAGUCGGAAGAAGAAACCCGCGGCGGGGGGAGAAAAGACAGUCGACGUAAAUGAAGCUGAGAUGAGCAACAGGACCAAGAAGGUGUAGGUUGAACAUGUAAUCCAGGCUUUUAAACUUUCCAAAGCAAUGAACCCGACAUUAUAGCCCACGAAGCAACGAACCACAAUCCAGUCGGAGUAGGAAGAAAGUGUAAGUUAAACAUCAAAUUUAAACAUCAGGCCAGGGCUUCAACAUCGUCAUAUCGAAAUUUCUCGGCCGAUAAACGAUAAUAUGAAAAGGAAGACAUCACUGCCAAAAUUAUUAAAAUUUUUGGCGCGAUACACAUUGAUCGAAAAAAUAUUUUUUUUCAAUUAGUUUGACCAGGCCCAUUUUAACAAUCACUAACAGCAAUUUUUUUAACAAAGCUCAUAUUUACCCAAAGAAAAAACGCUUUGGUUUGACAAAACUUGCAAUUGUUACUUAAAAAUUGUCGUAUGGUUAUCGAGUGCUUUGGACUGAUGUCGUAUCGAAACGAUAUUUAAAAACGAUGUUUCAAGCCAUUAUCGGGUUACUGUAGAAUUUAAAAUGUAUGGCCUUGUAAACUCAUACGGAGAGGUUGAUAAUUCCAGGAAGAAGGCGCCGCUUCCCGGCCAGGUUACUGUGAAAAAUACCGCCGGAGCGGAGCCUACUCAAAUUCCCGCAGGCAAGGACGAUUUACUUACGGAUAAGUCUGGAUUUGUCUCGUCUUUAUUGGAUAAGGAGAUAUCAGGUUUGAAGAAGGAAUUCGAGGAGCUGAAGGCUGAAGAUAAGACAUUGCCUGAGGCAACGGCCUUUCUUGACCCUACCAAUGCCGACAGAAAUCGAUUUAAGGCAAGUGUUCUUUCAGUAAUAUGAAAUUGUGGUUAUGGCAGUUUAGUGUAGGUUUUAGAAUAUUCUCUGCAUCGAAUCCUCCCGGGUUCGUCUUUCUGAUGGUGGAUAUUAUCAUGCGAAUUCUGUGGACUCGAGGUUUAUCAUGGCCCAAUCCCCACUGCCAAAUACGGUCGGCCAUUUCUGGGAUUUAAUCCAUCAUGAAGGAGUGGAAGCAGUAAGAAAUCAAAGGCUAAUUAAACCUGAUAACAUCUUCAGGUUGUUCAACUGUCCAACUGUGAUGAGGGAAAGAAGUGCGCCAGAUAUUAUCCACCUCAGGUUGGCCAGACAAGUGAUGUCGGAGGGGUUAAGGUCUCAAAUCUGAAUGUAAAGAUAGCUUCAAUACUUAUAAUACCCAACUAAGUAAAUAUAAAUCACAGGAUUUAGACAGAACCUUCAGAGGAACCGAGUCUUCAAAUCAACGUCUUACAAGCCCAAUGCCCUAAGGGCGAGAUCACCGUGAAGAAUAUUUUUUGGUCUUUCCCUCCCACAGGACUCCCCGAGCCAUCAUCCGCUAUAUCUGUGAUUUGGAGGUUGAUUAAGAAUUGCAAGAAAGUGGUUGUUCAUUGCAGUUCGGGAUCCGGGAGAAGUGCCAUCGUCUUGUUGACCUGUCAGAUAUUGGAGAAACUUUUAAAAGGGGAGGAAGUCCACAUGCUCAAAAUGGCCAAGGAACUCAAACAGAAACGACAUAAAUCCAUCAUUUCGGAGAUGGUGGGUCGUCUUCACACUGAUUUUUCACUUUUUACAGCACUAUCUAUACGUCGCCCGCACAGUUCUUUUCUUUUUUACCAAAUCGAAUGCCGUGGAUAUGUCUCAGAAUUUGCUGAUCUUCAUCGAUGAUUAUGAUGCUUACGUCAAAAAGCAUAACAAUGAGGAGAAACAGAAAGCCGACAAAAAUGCUGAGACAGAAGGCACUGAGGAAUAG